CACAUUCUAGUUUGUUUGGGGAUUCCCCAAAACAAAAUUCCCUGGGAGGUUUUACGUUUUAGUUUUCACAAUUCUCAACAGAAAUCUCCGAAUUUCGGAAAUGACCGCGACCGAACGGUACGGAAUACAUACGUGAACAGACAAAAAAGAAUAAACAGAAUGAGUGACAGGAACCAGCUGAUCCAUAAGAAGAGACUUGAGGAGUUUAUCAACAGCAACAUUGACUACGAUGGCAGAGUCACAAUCACCUUCGAGCAGGAUUUUGCCUUCUACUCCCAGAUCUUGCCAGCACCAUCACAGCGCCAGACAGCCAACCUCAGGGUCCUCGACACAGACAUGCACCAUGACCUCCUGCAGGCCAGAGUGCUCAACUGGUGUCGUACUGCAGACGCUGUAUUCCCAUUGCAGACAAAGAGUGAUGGCAACUGUCUGUGCCAUGCUGUGUCGUCAUUCAUCUGGGGUAUAGCUGACGACAAGCUUACACUGAGGAAACUCAUCAACAUUGCUGUCGACACCGAUAAAAACAAACGAAGAUGGAGGACCCAGUACGAGAGGCAGAUCAGCACCACUUCAAGAGACAGUAUGAGAUUGAAUGGAAAUGACUGGGAACAGGAAUGGAAGGCAGUCGUCAUGACAGCAGCACCUACCCAGAGUAUGAUGGGAGUUGUUCCAUAUUCUCACCUUGAGGCUAUCCAUAUUUUCACCCUGGCCAAAAUACUGAGGCGUCCAAUCAUAGUACUUGCUGAUGCUACAGCCCGUACUCUGUCUGGAGCCAGUCUGCAGGAGAGUGACAUUGGCGGCAUCUACCUUCCCCUUGACUGGCCAGUGGAGAAGUGCUCCAAGUAUCCAGUUGUCCUGGCCUACAACAUGAAUCACUUCUGCCCCCUUCUGCCACAGAUGACCGCCAGCACAGAGAAAGCCUUCUUCACAGUACCAAUUGUGACUCAUGAUAAGUCAUCUCUGCCCAUCAGAUUCCUUUCAGAUGAGGAAGAGAAAAAUGCAGCUCGGAUUCUUAAGUCAUACUUGAAAGUGAAGGAGAUAGGUGUAUCCACAACUGAGUCAAUGUCUCUUGUGCUAUGCACAGAAAUAAAAUAUGUACCCCUACCUGAUCACUUGAGGGUGUUUGAGCAAACAGUGCCAAGUGUGCCAAAUAGCUCUUACAGGCCAAGCGCGCUGAACUUGCUGCAACUAACUUUGAUGGCUCCAUGCAUCACCCAAGGUUGCAAGUUCUAUGGUUCCCCAGCAACAGGUAACAUGUGCUCAGAAUGUGUGGAGAAGUACCUACAGCAGGCACCAGCCCCACGCCUAGCAGAACCAACAGCUCCUCCUGCCUCCAUGCCUGUUGCUGCAGAGUAUAUUGAUAUGUCUAUGAUGGGGGAGACUUGCAAAGGAGGCUGUGGGUAUAGGUGUUCGAUCAACACAUACCCUUAUUGUCACGAGUGUGCAGAGAGAAUGAGAAACCAGGUGUCAGGCUCCAUAAUUCACCCCAGAUCUACUGACAUCUCUGAGAACGGCCCUAAUGCUAUCUCUUACCAAGAACAAGGUGGAUUUUCUGAACCACACCCAAUGCCAUCUCUCGACAGGGACCGGGGUAAUAACUCUCAAGCACAGCUUGGUGCCACCUCGCAAGCACGACCUAGUGCCAUCUCUCAAUCAAUCAUGCACUCAGAGGAUUAUCUGUUUGGCCAUGGUGGUUCUCAGCAGGGGUUGGAGCAGCCUGAAACAUUAACUUGUACAACAGAAGGAUGUAUUCAGCAAGCAAAAGCAAAGCUUGGUGGACUGUGUGAGAAGUGCUACAUGAGAGUGAGAGUGGAGCUGGUGAAGCACAUCUGCAUCACUCCAGGCUGUGAUGGACCCCGAGUCCAUGAUGGGUACUGUCAGCUGUGUAGGUCAAACCAAACUGCAAUUCACCAUCCACCAACAAGUGCACCAGGAGAAGAAAAUCAGAGAAAGAUAAACCAGCAAUCGACUGGACUGACCGACAGACAGGAAUCAGAAUCAAGUGAACAGGAAGGUAGUUUACUGGAAUCUGGAUCAAAAUGUAAUGCAGAAACAAUGAAAAUAACGGUGCUCAAAGGGCCCGAGGACAAGAUAGCAUGCGCUAGCCCAAUGUGUAACACACUCAUCUAUCCACCAAAUAAAUUGUGCCAGAACUGCAUUGACAUCCUAAGACAAAGCCAGGCACUCCAGCAGCAGCAGCAGCGCUCGUACGUAGAACAACUACAGCCAACCGUGGUGUCACUGAAGCAAGAAGAGCUGCCAGGAUCAGCCAGAAGUUCAGGAAGAAGUAACAACAGUGCCCCACUGGCUGUCAGGCAACACAUGGUGAAGGUUCCCCUUGCAGAGAGUCAGCGCCCUAACUCAGCACCGGUAGGACGGAGAUGCCUCACUCCUGGCUGCAGCAGGUUUGGUGACCCAUCAGCAGAGGGCAGGUGCAGUGCCUGCUGGACAAGGAUCUUCAACCAUGGGUCAAUAGCGGCAUCACCUGACCUCGAGGCCAGCACCCUUGGUGGGGGUGAGCAACAGGACCCAUUCCAUGCCAUGAUGGCUCGGAUAGUCAGUCAGAAGAGGAGUCCUAAACAUUGUAAAAUGUCUGGUUGUACUAACUUCGGUAACCCUAACAGUGAAGGGUUCUGCAACAGUUGCUACCCAUCUUACUUACAAAUCACAAAAUAAUUUUUAUGUGGUGUUGAACAGACUUUGUAGAGAGAGUUGGAAUGCCACUUAUGGCAAUAUUUCAGCCUAAUGGUGAGCAUGAGAUGAAUGGAAUUAAAAUGUUUGUUUGUUUUUCACAUAGGAAGACUAAGCUGGGGUAUUCAGCAUGACAGGUCAAUGCUUUAAUCUUAGGCUAUCCAUCUUCCCUCUUGAAGAUAAGUAGGCACCCACUGAUAUUUAAAUGUCAUGGUCGGUAUCUGUACCAGUUGUUUACCAAUAACUUAUGUUGUUUUGUUGUUUAUUGUCAAUAACUUUGUAUACUGAUGUUUUUGUGUCACUUGGUAUCUAGAACACCUUCACUUGAACUGUACUGGCUAAGUUUUAAUCUGUUUUCAAUACAUACAAGUACCUCUCAAUAUUAGCCCAUCCUUCAUUUUACAUUCAGAGAAACACCCUUGACUAAUCUUCCACCAUGAUCAUUUUCAUGAACAGAAUGACAUGACUGUGUAAUUACCCUGUUAUUUUGUGAUUGAAAUUGCAAUGAGAAGCGAUAUCACUAGUUCUUGACUGACCUUGUUGCAAACACUUUCCUUUAUAGGCAGGAAAAUAGUUGCUUACAGUCAUCUGAUUCUGUUGAAUAUAUAUCAAGUACUUGCUCUUAUAAUACUUUCAGAAUUAGAGAUAUGAUGGAUCUAAGCUGCAUCAUUUUGAUUAGUUGAUGUCAAAAUGAGAGAAUUUCUAAGUUAAGUUGUUGAUGACAAAGAUUGAGAUUGUACACAGGUAUUUAUAAUUAAUGGUUUGUUGGAUAAUUAGGAAUAUCAUCUGUGAAGAACUGAUAAAUUUCAAAUGUGGGCAAAAUGAAAAAGUACUCCUAUGACAGAAAUGCUGCUUUUCCUUCUUCACCCAUUGAUGUGUUUAACUCUUGACAUUUAAUGGUAGGAAAAAGAUCUGAUUAUGAAGUCAUUACAGAUAAAUAUAAUUUUGGUUUAAUAUUUUAUAGAAAAGCAUCAAAUUGUAAGUCAUACAAUCACAUUCUGUUCAUUACAUUUUCAAGACUAAACAAAUCUUCAGUACCUGCACCUUAGGAUUCCUUUUGUUUGUCAAUAUUUGACUUUCAACCUGCUUGGCUGUGAACUGACCCCACUCACCUCACAUCAUGUUAUUGUACAUAGUGUUCCAAUACUCCAACUAAACUUGCUGAACAUGUAAUUGUUGGCGUAAUGAUCAUAGAUGUCUCUGAAAGCCUCUUACCCCACCCUUUCUUAACUUUCUGAAAAAUAGGUGAAAAUCUUAUAUGUGUAUAAAUUUGUUUAGCUUUGGUAUAUUGAUGACACAGGCCUUCCUUGAUUUGUAUAUUUCCAAGAUGUACAUGUGAAUGUAGAAGAUAUAAGAUGUGAAACCAAAGGGACAUUCAUGCCCCUAGAUAUACAUAUACUUCAUGCAGAAAUCACCACAUCAGUGGGGUCGCAUACAGAACUGUAUGUCAUGGUGAUCUUGUGGAAAUGAUUUCUUGUCCCGAUUCUACUUGUAUUUACUAAAUUGUCAGUUAUCAUUUCUGUGUACUAAAUAAUAAACAGCUUUGAAAUUCUCA